AUAAUGGCGAACAGAACUGAACGGGAAAUAGGCGGUUACGAAGUCGAGUUCGUCUCGACUGUGCCCAACGAAUACGAAUGUCCAAUUUGUCAGUUGGCCUAUCGAGAUCCUGUACAGUUGGAAGAAUGUGGACAUCGUUUCUGUCACUCUUGCUUGCAGGAAUUACGUCGAAGAGAGGGUGAUUACUUUGUUUGCCCGAUGGAUCGCCGACCAGUUUCUCCUACAAAGAUGUUCUUUGACAAAGCGGCAAAACGGGCAAUCUUGAGUCAAGGGGUCAAAUGUAGCAAUUGGAAGAGAAAAUGCGACUGGUCAGGAGAGCUAAGCAGCUUAGAGGAUCAUCUCAAGAAUUGCAAUUUUGAAGAAGUACAAUGUACCAAUGCUGGCUGCGAGGAAAUGGUUUCAAGACGAGCUUUGCAGUAUCAUCUGAGUGCUAAGUGUAAAUUUAGAACAGUUACAUGCUCUUUUUGCUCUGAGACAUAUUGCUACAAUGACAGCAAGACACAUCUGAAAAGAUGCAAGCGUUUGCCGUUGGAGUGUACAAACAAAUGCGGCAAGAAAGACAUUCCAAGACAAGAGAUGUCAGUUCAUCUUCACUCUUGCCCACUAACAACUCAUUGUUGUUAUUAUGCUGACAUGGGCUGUGAUUAUAAAGGAAAACGGGAUAACUUAGACGACCAUUACAAAUCAUCUGUACAGAAACAUUUGGAGUUGGCAUGCGGAAAAAUACGAGAAAAUGAAAGCCGAUCAGUUUGUGUAGAUGGAAUGUUCAUCUGGAAAAUCCAGAAUUACAGAAAACAAAUGAAUGACUCGCUUGCGUCGGAGGAAGAAAAUGCAAUAUUUAGUCCAGCAUUUUACACGAGUCAGUAUGGCUAUAAAUUGAAGCUGAAAGCUUAUCUUAACGGACGCGAUAGAGGUAGAGGCACCCAUCUUUCCUUGUACAUCAUCAUAAUGAAAGGAGACUAUGAUGGUUUGCUCGAUUGGCCAUUCAAUAAAAAAGUGACAUUUUACUUGCUAGAUCAGAGUGAGAGACGACAGCAUCGAUCACACACUUUGAGUCCGAAUAUGUCACUACCGAACAUAAAAGUUGUCUUCAAUAGACCAACUUCCGCUGAAAAUCUAGGCAUCGGCAACCCGUGCUUUAUUCUAAAUGCGAUUUUAGACUCGGGGGGAUUUUUGAAAGACGAUAGCAUUUUUAUCAAAGUUCUGCUAAGUGCACCUACAAAUUUGGACUAAACAUGAAAAAAUAAUGUAACAACGAUAAGUGUUGAAGAUUAUGUGAUGAUUAUUGUUUAUGUAUAGAAACUGAUGGAAACCACCAAAAAUUCUUUUGACAAACUUAUAUGAAUUUGACAGUGAAACUUGUUCACACGCUGCGUGAAAGGUCCUGAACCAUAUGACUUGUAAAUAAUUUUUGAACAUUGAUAAAAUAUUCUAACCGUUUGCCAAACACCA